ACCUGCCCGAGCAGCAGCAGCAGUAGUAGUAGUCGCACCAGCACCACCAGCAGCACCAGCAGCAGCAGCAGUGAGCAAACUAAAAUUCUGUUUCUAUUGUUUCUUGCCCCCGGCUGCUGUGGUUGUGCGUUGGACAGUGUCGUGCCUGGUGGCCCCCACAGAACACUAACACUGUGUACGUGUGUGUGUGUGUGCGGCGUUGUGCUGUGCUGUGCUGUUUUGUGCCAGAGAGAAGGGGUUUGACAAAAGUGCAGCAACAAACCCCGGGUACGACCGAGCAGUGGUUUAGCAAAGUGUGUGAGAAUCGAUGCUCAAUGCCGAAAAAGAACUCCCCGCGGAAUGCAGCAGCUGCAGCAGCAGUAAUAUCAACGCCACCUUCGAUCGGGCAGGAAGAUUGAGGUGUGCGAAAAGAAAAUAAAUCGUUUGUGUUCGUGCGUGUGUCUGUGUGUUGGUGUGAGCGCGUGUCUCUAGCGUGGGACGGCAUGGUGGUACGGCAACCGUAAUCGAAAAUUGCACGGAACAUCAUUUCCCACCCAUCAUUAUCGUAGCCAUCAUCAUCAUCAUCAUCUGCACCUCGUUCGGAGUCACCCACGCGCCAUCAUUGGCGCACGUGCUGCUGCUGCUCCUGUGCCGCCACCGUGAGCUCGGAAAAAGCAUGAGCGGAAAUCGCUGAUUUGUGGCGUAUGUGGGUGUGUGUGUGUGUGUAUGUGUGUGGAAAACAUCACUCGCUAAAGUCAUUCCCUUUCGGAAGGCAUCAAAACACACGGGUCGGCAGUGUUUGUAAUUGAGUUUAGUGAAGCAGGCAAAUCGGUGGUGUCUGUGUGUGUGUGUUGUGUGUGCGUGUGUGCGUGUAGCAAAUUUGUGUGGCCUGCGUUUUCCUACCGUGGAGGUGUUAAGCUCGAUGCUGCUUUUCAGGCGCACAAUCCGCAGCGGCAACAGCAUCGAUAUCAUCACACAUCGUAACGCCGGUUCAAGAUAAAAACCAUCCCCAUCGGUGGUCGACGGCGUUCCAGCGUUCCGACUUACGGGUUACGGUUCGGCACCGGCCACAAGCCGAAGAGAUCAAUCUCUGAACAGCAGCAGCUGCUGCUGACCAGCCUCAGACCCGCGCAGACGAAGGCAGCAUGACGAAGAAGUUCGAGUUCAACUGGCAGAUCCCGGUGCCGGAACCGCUCCUUACCGGAUGCGUGUUCGACCGGUGGACGGAGGAGAAGGACAACAACGAGCUGGAACCGAACUGCAUGUUCAAGGUGGACGAGUACGGGUUUUUCAUCUACUGGAAAAGCGAAGGACGGGAAGGUGACGUUAUUGAAUUAUGUCAAGUCAGCGAUAUCCGAGCGGGCGGAAUGCCAAAGGACAUGAAGCUGUACAAUCAACUGUGCAACAAGCACGGCGAAAAUGUGGAGGAAAAAUCUCUCACCAUCUGCUCGGGCACGGACUACAUCAACAUCAACUAUCAGCAUGUCGUCUGUCCGGACGCUGCAACGGCGAAGCUCUGGCAGCAAGGUCUUCGCGACAUUACACACAACAUCAAAAUGAACAACGUAUGCGUAUGGACCAACUUGAUGAAGCAUUGGAUGAGGUUGGGCUUUCUAGUGGAUCCGCGCGGAAAAGUGCCUGUCAAGGUGGUUGCCCGAACGUUCGCCUCCGGCAAGACGGAAAAGCUGGUAUAUCAGAUACUCUCCGAUCUGGGGCUGCCGAGCGGCAAGAACGAUGUGAUCGAGAAGGCGGACUUUACGUUCGAAAAGUUCUACGAGCUGUACCACAAGAUCUGUCCCCGCAAUGACAUCGAAGAGCUGUUCCGGUCGAUCACGCAAGGUAAAGCGAACGCCAUCAAUCUGGAUCAGUUCAUCAACUUUCUCAACGAGAAGCAGCGCGAUCCCCGGCUAAACGAGAUCCUCUACCCGCUGUACGAUGAGAAGCGUGCGCUGGAAAUCAUCACCACGUACGAGCAGAACGAUGAAGCGCGGGAAGCGAAAACCCUCACCAAAGACGGCCUGAUCCGGUACCUCAUGUCGGACGAGAAUGCGCCCGUGUUUCUCGACCGGCUCGACAUCUACAUGGACAUGGAUCAGCCGCUGUCCCACUACUACAUCAACUCGUCCCACAACACGUACCUGUCCGGGCGGCAGUUCGGGGGCAAGAGCUCGGUCGAGAUGUACCGCCAGACGCUGCUGGCCGGCUGUCGGUGCGUCGAGCUGGACUGCUGGGACGGCAAGGGCGAGGACGAGGAGCCGAUCAUCACGCACGGCAUGGCGAUGUGCACGGACAUACUGUUCAAGGAUGUGAUUUACGCGCUGCGCGACACCGCCUUCGUCACCUCCGACUAUCCGGUGAUACUGUCGUUCGAGAACCACUGCUGCAAAUCGCAACAGUACAAGCUGGCGAAGUACUGUGACGAAAUUUUGGGCGACCUGCUGCUGAAGGAACCGAUCCCGGACUAUCCGCUCGAGCCGGGGGCCGUGCUGCCGCCCCCGUCCCUGCUGAAGCGCAAGAUACUGAUCAAGAACAAGCGGCUCAAGCCGGAGGUGGAGAAGAAGGAGCUGGAGCUGUUCCUGCAGGGCGAGUUCGUGAUCGAGGACGAGGUGAAGGAGGACGCGAGCGCGGUCGACGUGACGAAGAUAGCGGAGCUGGAGGCGCCGGCGGCGGCGGCGGCAGUGGUGCCGGUGGCGGCGGCCGCCGCCUCGCAGGACGGUGGCGAGGAGGCGCCCCCGGUACAGUACACCGGCUCGACGACGAACGUGCACCCGUGGCUGUCGUCGAUGGUGAACUACGCGCAGCCGGUCAAGUUCCAGUCGUUCGACUACGCGGACAAGAAGAACGUGCACCACAACAUGUCGUCGUUCGCGGAGACGACCGGCAUGAACCUGCUCAAGUCGCAGGCGAUCGAGUUCGUCAACUACAACAAGCGGCAGAUGUCGCGCAUCUACCCGAAGGGUACGCGGGCCGACUCGUCCAACUACAUGCCGCAGGUGUUCUGGAACGCGGGCUGCCAGAUGGUGUCGCUCAACUUCCAAACGUCCGAUCUGCCGAUGCAGCUGAACCAGGGCAAGUUCGAGUACAACGGCAACUGUGGCUACCUGCUGAAGCCGGACUUUAUGCGCCGGGCGGACCGCAGCUUCGACCCGUUCGCGGACGCACCGGUGGACGGUGUGAUUGCGGCGUCCUGCGCGGUGCAGGUCAUUGCCGGCCAGUUCCUUUCCGACAAGAAGGUGGGCACGUACGUGGAGGUGGACAUGUACGGGUUGCCGUCGGACACGGUGCGCAAGGAGUUCCGGACGCGCAUGGUACCGGCGAACGGGCUCAAUCCGGUGUACAACGAGGAACCGUUCCUGUUCCGCAAGGUGGUGCUGCCCGAUCUGGCCGUGCUGCGGUUCGGCGUGUACGACGAGAACGGCAAGCUGCUCGGGCAGCGCAUCCUGCCGCUGGACGGGCUGCAGGGCGGCUACCGGCACAUCUCGCUCCGCACGGAGGCCAACUUCCCGAUGUCGCUCCCGAUGCUGUUCUGUAACAUCGAGCUGAAGAUCUACGUGCCGGACGGGUUCGAGGACUUUAUGGACGCGCUGUCGGAUCCGCGCGCGUUCAUGGGCGCGGCCAAGGAGCGCUCCGACAACAUGAAAGCGAUGGGCAUCGAGGAGACGGGCAAGAAGGACAAGGAGGAGGCGGCGCGGAAGGAGGAGCAGCGCGUCACCGAGCCGCCGCUCGUGUUCGACCCGAUCACGGUGGACUCGCUGCGGCAGGAGAAGGGCUUCCAGAAGACGGCCAAAAAGCAGCAGAAGGAGCUGGACGCGGUGAAGAAGAAGCACGCGAAGGAGCGGGCCGGCGUGCAGAAGCAGCAGAACGCGGCGAUCGAGCGGCUGGUGAAGGGCAAGAGCAAGGAGGAAAUCAAGGCGGACCCGGCGGUGCGCAAGCUGAUCCAGGAGCAGAACGCCCAGUGGACGGAGAUGGCCGAGCGGCACAAGAAGGAGGAGUGGGAGCUGCUGAAGCAGCAGCUGGCCGACCAGCAGGACAUACUGCGCAAGCUGAUGGAGACGACGCAGGCCGCCCAGAUGAAGCAGCUCGAGGCGAAGCACGAGCGCGAGAUCAAGGAGCUGAACAGCCGCCAGGCGAAAAUCUCGGUCGAAACGUCGAAGGAGGUCGCCAACGACAAAACGCUCAAGACGAAGGGCGAAAAGGACCGGCGGCUGCGCGAGAAGAAGCAGAACAACAUUAAGCGCUUCAUGGACGAGAAAAAGACUGCCACCAUCAAGCAGAACCGGGAAAAGGAAAAGCUGAAAGUGACCCACGACAAGCAGCUGGAGGAGCUGGCGAACGAUGUGCAAAAGCUCAUCGAAAUGUACAAAGUGGACGAGGAGGAAUACAAGCUGGCAUCGAAGUACGAAUUUUUCGCCUAAACGUGUCGAAGCUGCAUGACCUCUGCACCACCUCUCGACCAGCACCAGGAGGGUCCUGGAGGGUGGAGACUACACCAAGAAGGGGAAGAGGAAGUGGAUGAGAUGGAGAAAAGGAGCAGAUGGCAUACACAAGUCUCAAGUAGCAACAACACAGUUACUCCAAAGUCAGCCUAAAAGCUAUAACUACUCCCCCCCCCCCUCCCGGUGCAUUCUCCCCCGCUUAUCCAGAGGACAUCGGCAGGGGGUCGGAAGCGCUGCUAAAAGGAGUCAACUACAGUAUGGGAUUAGCAGCACAUAUGCCACACACCACAGACACAACACACGAAUAGUAGUUAUACACCUAUAUACCUUAGAGAGAGAGAGAGAGAGAGAGAGAGAGAGAGAGAGAGAGAGAGAGAGAGAGAGAGAGAGAGAGAGAGAAAGAAAGAGAGAGAGAAAGAGAGAAAGAGAGAGAGAGAGAAAGAGAGAGAAACACAUAGACAUAGCAGGUCGUAUUUAUUAAAUGAGCGGGAACAAGCAACCAAGAGCACCGUGAGGGCAGAGGCGUCUCCAUUGCUUCCUGCAUAUCACUCACUGGCGCGGAGUCCGUUUGUGUUUAGUUGAGCUUUUCCAUUAUAUUGUACCGUUCACUUCGCGCUGUUUUUUGUUUUGUUUUUAGUUGUUUUAAAAAGAACAAAAAAACAUUGCUAUUUCUUUCUGUCGAAUCGCCAUCGCGCCGCCGUCGUCGUCGUGUUUUGAUAAUGGUUUAGUAUUAUAGGUUUAAAUGUAGCAUUCUGAUUAAUUUUAUCCAUGUCGUCAAUUUGGGGUGGUAAAGGCGGCGGCGAGUCCGUUUUGUAAGCUCUUUGCUCUGUUGCGUGCACCGAUUGGUUUCGUUCGAUAUCUUGCCGGUUUUUGUUUAAAUUAACGAUAAUAGCGCACCUGCUACUUCUUCUUCUUCUUUUUGGUUGCAGUAUAGAGCAGAGUCAGCGAAAGCAACGCAACGUAAUAAACCCCAUGUCUCACCAAUAGCAAUGUUUACUAAACACACCGUUUAAAUAUAUUUAAAAAAAAAAGCUGUUGUGCGCGGUGUUGUGCGUUUUAUAAUAAUAAAUAAUUUAACAAAAAAAAACAAAGCGAUUAUUAUGGUGGUCCAAACAACAACAACAACAAAACACGCCAACGCAAUGGAAGUGCGUGAAGGGAGAUGAGAGAAAGGAAACACAUUAGCGCUCUAAGAAAACAACUGGGAAACAACAUUUAACAAAAAAGCAGGAAAGGAAGCAAACGCAAAAAAACACAAACUGAAAACAAAAGAACAGAAAAAAACAAACAAACUCUAGUAAAGCGAAAUUGUAGUGAGGACAAGUAUAGCGGUACACACAAAACUCACCCACUCACAAUGCCACAACGUGUGAUUAGCUGUGCAUGCGCGCGCUAGUGUAUGUGUAUGUGGUGUCUGUUUGUGUGAUUAAGUGCAACCAGCAUAUUAAUUAACUUUUUAAUUACGAUUAUUAUGCACGUAAAAAAGGAGGAAAACGCAUGAAGAGAAAAAGAGAGGAAGAGAGAGAGAGAGAGAAAGAGAGAGAGAGUAAUAAUGCAAGUAAAGGAAAAGCAAGCAAACAAAACCAAACAACAAACAAACGUAACCAAAAUGAUAACCCCAUUUUAUUAAUGAUAAGAUUAGAGAGAUUUUGGAAUAAGCAGUAAAGAACAAAAAGAAGAAAAAAAACAAAGAAGAAAACAACAAAUGAAUAUCUAUAGAAGCAAAAACGAUAUAUCCCCCAGGUACCUAUUAGUAUCUACAUGCAAGGCAUCAAUGGGUAUAUAGAGAAUGCACUAAAAUGACCAACAGAGAGGGUAAAGGCAAACGUGAGAUAUAGAGAAAGAGAAAUAGAAUAGCAAGAGUUGUUAAAAAAACCCUCCCGAAAAGAAUGGAAGAGAAAGAAGCUAGUAAAAUGUAAUAUUUCAUAAGGCGGCAAUAUACCUACAACACAAACCAAUAAUAGUAGCGCAGCUGGCAUGAGAUAUAUAGGAGUUGACGAGGAAACAACAAAAAACACGCGAUAAUGCAAAUUGAUACAAAAUGGCGUUGAGAAGGAAAAAGGAAAACGACGGAAGGAAAACAAGAUCAGCGCGUAUGGUGCGCAGUGCGCAGGGAGGAAACAGCCCGGGAACGAUACUGUUGUAAUUUGUAAUAUGCUCUUACCCUCUGGCUCUACCGUUACACACAUCUUCUGUCGCCAAUUGUGGCCAACAACACUUGCAGACACACGCAUACGGACACAUAGACACAGUAAUGUAUUAUUUCCAACCCUAAUACGAUACCAAACAAAACCAUUGAUCAUAUAUUAGAUCACUUUCAUAUCAGAACACGAAUCUGUUCAGAUGAAGUUGGAUCCAAUGCACUUCACUCCCAUACAACAACAGUCGUAGUGUUCUUACAGGUUAUUCCAAGAGUUCUCAUAGCUGUGGGACUCGUACAUACGUGAAAUGAACCUAAUACCAGCCAUUAUUGAAUCCGUUCGUAGCGGGGACGUACGGCGCUCACAUGAAAUUCUAGGGAUGGCAACACAUUUCUUGCGCCCGGUCCUCCUACGCCGCGGUGAAUAACUGUAGCAACGAUCUAGUACGUUAGGAAAAUGAGUGUCGGGACGUACGCCGCCGCUACGAACUGAUUCAAUAAUACCAGCCAAUGUUCAUAUUCCAGUGUGAAUUGGACUCUAUAGCAACCGUUAUUGGACAAAUCCAAUAGGAAUUUCCAAUAGGAGCCUGUCCAAAAAGGGUGCCAUGCCAUAGAAUCCAAUAUGAAGUUCACUUCGUAUUAGAAAGAGUCCAGUAAGUGUCCCACAACUUUGAGAUCCAGCUGUAAAACCCUGUACCCUAUCUCUACGUGUUUGUGUGUUGAAAAAGAGUGUGUUGAUUGUAUGUUUCAUUGCCACACACAUAUUCGGCCUCAUUUUACGGCUCUCCCAUCGGGGGAAUGCGGAUGAAGCCCAAAGUAGCGAAGGAAACCGAUCGAAACAAACGUGAGAGUCAUAUUAGUGCCUAGUUUGGGUUGCAACUUGAUGGAUAUUCCUUCAGUGCCCUUCCUUUCCCGGGAGGCAGGUUGAGAAAAAUCGACCGUUUUCACGUAGCACCUCGUCUUUGUUGGUGUCCUUGUUCCAUCGUUUGGUAUACCGGGGUAUCGUUUCACCAAAUAAAGAGCGGCGGACUCCCGAGAAAUGUGUACACCAUUUCAUUCACACAAAUUAACACACACACACACUUACACAACCCACAAAUGCUCACACAAAUAGUUUUUUGUGUCCAGUUCCAUUGUGUUGUGGUUUUGGUUUAGUUGCCCAUUUUGAUACAAUUUAAUAAUUGCAGUAAUUAAUGGACGAAACAAACAAUAUGCAGGAAAAUGUACAUGUAUUAGGGCUGUUUCCCUCACCCCUUGCCCUUGUCUUGAUUCAUUCAUUGCAGUUUCUAUUGUGCAUGGCGGGAAGCGAAACGGUUAACCGGGGGUGGGGCACAGUUCGGUGGCAACAGUUCGCAAAUAAUACACACUCUAGUCGAUUAUGUUUGUAAGAAUAUGUUAUUAUGUAUCGUAAGAGCAAAUCAAACAAAACAAGUAUAAAGGAGAGACAGAAAGAGAAAGAGAGAGAAAGAGAAAGAGAAAGAGAGAGAGAGAGAGAGAGAGAGAGAAGUGUGAAAGGGCGCAGAUAGAAAAUAAAUAAAGCAAGUAGAUAAAUAUGAGACGUGACAGAGAAAGGAAAAUGAAAACAGAAGAACAACAACACAGAAAGCUACAAUUGUAGGAUAAGUGGAAGGUUAUGAAAAAAAAACCAAAAAAAAAAGCAACCACGCUAUAAAAGCAGAUAAAUAUAUACAUCAUUCCGAAACAGGAGAGAGACAGAACGAAGGGAAUCUAUGAUAUGAUGUAGAAAUGGUGGUCAGGAUUCGCUGGCAAGAUGAUAACGAACGUGGAAAAGAAGGUGUUUAUGGUUUGCAAAAAAAAGCAUUAAACAAGUUGGAAAACAAUCCUUCCCCAGUUUCAACCUAUAUACAUAUAUGUUAUAAAAACAAAAGAAUGAAUUAGACAAACAGGAACAGGAUCGGAGAAGAGUAUGAGUCCCUCUUUUUUAUGUUUGCUAUAUCGAGCAGGAGCAGAGGAGUUAACAGAAUGAACGAAACACACAAGAGGCACAGAGGGGCAAACGGAAAUGGGAUUUGCGGCCCCGGGUUGGGUUGGGUCACAAACCUUGCCAUCAGAACUUUGCCACAAUCCUCUUUUCGCCUCCCGUGUACCACCUCUCCACCUCUCUCUCCACAGUCUGUAUCCUGCCCUGUACGUGUGUGUGUGUGUGAACCACCUCAACGCGCCUUCUUCUUCUGCGGACGUUCGUUUCCAGUUUUGUCAAUGAAUACUUGUAAUUACACACACACACACACACACAACCACACACGAUCCAGAACAAGAAGAACAGAGAGAGGAAGAGAGAGAGAAGAGUAAUAUCAUUAAUAAAAAGAGAAACUAUUACGAUAGCAAAGUGCAAAA